AGGAGGGGAGGGCGUUCCAGGAAGAGGAGAGGCGAGGCGCGCACGCUCUCCUUCCCCCAUCUUCCUUCCCCCAUCUUCCUCCCCGGGCUGCCACAGCCUUGCCUCUUCUCCGCCCACGUUAUAAAAAGCCCAUGAGGCGGAGCCUCCACUACUUUCUUGCAUCUCCCGCAGAAAGAAGCACCUACGGUAAAGGUUUCGGCUUCCAAGUCACCCGGACCUAGCAAGUUCAAAUCACCCACACCUAAGUUACGCGGACUCUUGAAAGCCAAGGCCCCAUCUCCCCGCCCGCCUGCCCAGACCAGCGCCCCUCCGCCGCCUCGGCCUCCGCCUUGGACGUCGCCCUCGCCUUCCGCUCCUCGCAAGCGUCUCCCUUCUCCCAAGCCUCCGAGGCCGUCCGCUCUUCUCGAGUCGCUCACGCUUCCCGAGCCGUCCGCUCCUCCUGAGCCGCCCUCGCCUCCCGCUCCUCCCGAGCCGCCCUCGCCUCCCGCUCCUCCCGAGCCGCCCGCCCCUCCUGAGCUUCCCGAACCGCCUUCGCCUCCCGAACCUCCCAAGCAGCUAGCUCCUCCCGAGCCGCCCGCCCCUCCUGAGCUUCCCGAGCCGCCUUCUCCUCCCGAACCUCCCAAGCAGCUAGCUCCUCCCGAGCCGCCCGCCCCUCCUGAGCUUCCCGAGCCGCCUUCUCCUCCCGAGCCGCCCGCCCCUCCUGAGCUUCCCGAGCCGCCUUCUCCUCCCGAACCUCCCAAGCAGCUAGCUCCUCCCGAGCCGCCUUCUCCUCCCGAACCUCCCAAGCAGCUAGCUCCUCCCGAGCCGCCCGCCCCUCCUGAGCUUCCCGAGCCGCCUUCUCCUCCCGAGCCGCCCGCCCCUCCUGAGCUUCCCGAGCCGCCUUCGCCUCCCGAACCUCCCGAGCCGCCUGAGCCUCCCAAGCCGCCCGCACCUCCCAAGCAGCUCGCUCCUCCCGAGCCGUCGGAAAAGAUGGUGAGACAGAUCGACAGCAAGGAAAACUUUGACUCAGAAUUGAGAAAUGCUGGAGGAAAAUUGGUAGUAGUUGACUUCUCGGCCACAUGGUGCGGACCAUGCAAGAUGAUCAAGCCUUUCUUUCAUUCACUUGGUGAAAAGUACCCAGAUGUGGUCUUCGUAGAAGUGGAUGUAGAUGACUGUCAGGAUGUUGCUGCAGAGUGUGAAGUGAAAUGCAUGCCAACAUUUCAGUUCUACAAAAAUGGAAAAAAGGUGGGUGAAUUUUCUGGAGCCAAUAAGGAAAAGCUCGAAUUAACCAUUAAUCAAUUGAAGUAAUUGUGGAUCCUGUGAACAGUAUGAACAUCUGUCAGCUGUCUAAAUUAUAUAGCUUAUAAUUUUUUUCUAUUUCCAAAAAAGAUCAAGUGUAACAAGAGUAUGUAUCCAAAUAACGUUUGACUGUAAAUGACAAUAAAAUGUAAAUCCUACCCUUUUGAAAA